GUAGUAAAUUAUGGACAUCGUUACAGAACAUGACCCUGAAAAAUAAACUUCCCAGCUGAUUAUACAAAUUUUCAAAAUGGCAGGAAGAUCUGAAAUGUCAGAUAUGACAGAUAUGGGUAGUUCGGAAUCAGAAAGUGUCCUUGGCCAGGAUGACUCUGAACUGGCGUUGUCGGGAAUAAGGAUGUUACUUAACAAUGGUUUUGAAGAGGCACAAGCACUUUUUGACAAAUACAAAAACGACAGUUCUUUGAUGCAUGCUGGCCACAGCUUUGUAUAUUUUAUGACAGCUUUAAUCUCAUUUGAAGACGAAAAGUUGGCAGAAGCAUUGAAAAAGUUAGAAGAAACAGAAAAGUUGUGUGACACAGAUUCUGGUAUCUUCAAAUCACUAAAAAAGAAAUUAAAAUCAAAAAAGAAAAAGGAGGGAGAACCAACAAUUAGUAUUGAAGAUAAAAUACAACGACAAGUCAUAGUGGCAGAUUCCAUUUUAUAUCAGGGGAUUUUAAUUUUCACAAAUCAGGACAUUUCAAGUUAUAUCAAAGGGGGUUGGUAUCUUCGUAAAGCAUACAAGAUUUAUGAAAAACUUCACAAAGAUGUUAAUCAGCUCAUUGCGGCUUCUAAAUUAAAACAGAGCAAGUCACAAAACAGUCUAACUAGUACAGGGUCAGCGGUCAGCUCAGAUGGACCAAUCGACAGCAAUGAUAAUGAACUCACACAGGAUGUCCUCUCACGUUUAUUAGGAGCUGUGAACUUUGGUUAUGGAACCUUUCAGUUGUGUAUAUCAAUGGUCCCACCUAAGAUUUUAAAACUGAUAGAAUUUCUAGGAUUUGAAGGUGAUAGAGAGGCUGGACUUGCCGCCUUAGAUUUUACUAAUCAUAGCAAGGAUAUGAAAGCUCCAUUGGCAACACUGGGGUUGCUAUGGUACCAUACAGUAUUACGACCUUUCUUUGCACUAGAUGGUGCUAAUGAAUAUGAUGCAGGUACACACGAUGCAGAAGUCAUCAUUGCAGAGAAAGAAUCGGAAUUUGAAAACUCAGCAUUAUUUUUGUUUUUCCGAGGUAGAAUACAACGAUUAAGGAAAAAGACAGAUGAGUCAUUAGAAUUAUACAGAAGAGCUUUGGAGGCAGCAAAAGGCCAGAAAGAACUUGAACUUAUGAAUUUGUAUGAAAUAGGUUGGUGUAAUAUCAUGAAACUAAACUGGAGAGACUCUCUAGGAGCAUUCACAAGAUUAAAGGAUGAGACUAAAUGGUCCAAGUGUUAUUAUACAUAUCUGAUGGGAGUAUCUCUUGGUGCUAUGGGGGAUGUUAAAGGUGCUAAAGACACCCUGAAAGAUGUCCCAGGACUGCUGAAAAAGAAAAAUAACCAGAUUGAGGCUUUUGUUUCUAGGAGGGCAGAAAAGAUGAAGAAGAACCCACCAACCCAAGAAAUAUGUCGACUGCUGAGUUUAGAACUUAUAUUCCUAUGGCAUGCUCUUCCUACUUGUACAGAGGCUGAACUAAAACCAUUUUUAGAUGUAUGUGAUAUGCAGACAGACAAAAAUGUAUUCCACUUAAAGUGUCUACUGGAGGGCGCUAUAUAUAAAGAAUUAGGUCAAGAUGAAUAUGCUUUACAAUGUUUAGAUGAAUCACUAGCCAGACACCAGGGUAUGAAGGAUGACAACCAUGUACCAGCCUUUGCUUUGUAUGAAAUAGCUUCCAUUAAAAUGAAAUCUCCAGAGACAAAAGGAAAAGCAAAAGAUCUCUUACAGAAAAUUAAGGAUAACUAUAAAGACUAUGACUUUGAGAAUAGACUAACUGUGAGAGUUAAUAAUGCUCUAAAACAGUUAAAAACUAGUGGAUAAGUAGGAUAGAUCUAAACACCAAAGAGAAAGAACUGAGAUUAUAAUAGUACACUGUCUCUAAUGUUGUUGAUAGUCAGUUCUACACACUGAAUCAAAAUUGUUAUGCUGUAAUUUAUUAUUUUUUAUGUUAGUGCUAGGCAUUGGUUCACAAGAGUUAUCUUUCUUAGAAGCAGGUUCUUCCUGUAUAAUUGUCAUGGAAAAUGUAAUAAUUUUUUAUCAAUUCUUGAUUUUUGGGGCAUUUAAAAUACAUAUAUAUACAAUCAAAGUUUACAGAAACUAUGAUGUAACUUUUGUACUUUGUCAGAAAAUUUUGUACCAGCCUUAUUCUAAGACACACUGAUGAAUUGAGUUAUCAUUAUUAUGAAUCAUAACAAUAUCAUUAAAGCCAACAGUUUUUUCAAGAUAUUGCAAAGAGACUGAACAAUUCUUCACAAUUAAGCUCAAUAUGAACUUUCUUGGGUAACACUUUAUGGUGAAAGAAAAACUAGUUUGAUUCAAAUUGGUGCAUGUUUUUCUGAUUUUAUUAUACAUCUUUGAAGGUCUGGAUGGGGAUAACAAUAUAGAAUAAUGGCAUUAAAAAUAAAGAAGAAGGGACUGUUCCACAAAAUUGGCACAGAUGAUUGAAAAAAUUGAAAAGGCUGCAUAUGCUUUGAAAAAACUGAAAGAAAAGGGAAAAAAGAUAUUAGCAGGAACCAAGUAGACCUGGCAGACUAUUCAAUUAAGGCCUGGGUCCCUAAAUUUUAGCUGAAAAUAUCCAAAACGCUUAUAUAUGUUAAUCUUUCAUAUUGUGGCAGGUUGGGCCCUAGAUGAGAAAUUUCAGUCUUUUCCCCUGAUAAACUGUACAUUUUUAUAUUCUGUAAUCAUUGUUAAUACAAUAAUGAAAACAAAUUUGAUGUCAGUGUGUAGUAACUACAUUUAGACUGUGAUUUGAUUUAUAAAUGUGAUACAUAGAUGUAGAAAUGGGGUUCAAAAGGUCAAAGAUCCUGGACCUGUUUAAUAUUGUGAAAGUUCAUUCCAAUAUUUGACAGUGAUUUGAUUUAUUUUUUGAAGAAAAAUAAUCGGGUAGGUUUAAAAUAUAUAUAAUUUAAAUUGUACUUCCUGUUUGAACAUGCCACUGAAAUUUGUCAUGUUUUAAUAUUGACAUGACUUUCAAGCAAUGUUAAGUUGAUCUCAAUAAAAACAUUGGUCGAUCACUGUUGUACAGUAGACGUGUUUACACUUGUAUGCAAAUUUGUCCGCCAUUACUUAAAAUCACACAAGUUCCCGUAAAAUCUGACAUCACAAUUUUAAAAAAAUGACGUCAUAAUUAAAAACUGAAUUGUUGCUUGACGUCAGAAGGUUAUUCGGUGGCAGAUCUAAGGACAUUCAGAGACAAAAUUCAGCUAAAUACCAAAAGUGUAAAUACGCUUAUACACUAAUUUGUAGUUUUAGGGAGCUACCAUUUGAUUGUUAUGUGGGGGGGGGGGGGGGGGGGGGGGGGGCUAGGAUGAAAAACGUUGUCUUGCAUUUUUUUUUAGUUGUAAUCUCUGUCCUGGCUUUUUAUUUUUCACUCUUUUCGGUCCUGCCUUUUUUUUUAGUUUAUCCUGACUUUUUUUU